AUGGUACACUAUUGGACAUCACAACCGGUGCUGCUGCUGCUGCUGGGCACGCUCGUCAUGUUGGUGCAGGUGCAGUCGCAAAGUGGCAGCAACGGGGACUUUAGCUACUUCUUUGGCAAGAUCGCACCGACGGAUCGGCUUUGCGCGAAGAAAGUGAUCGGCGUUGGCACGCGGACACCGGUCCAGGUGGAUUACAGUGCACCGAAACCGAUAACAGCUGUCAGCAUGGAAGCAUCGAACGUGGCGUACCAGGGCUUCAAUGUGCUGAUCACGCGCGGUGCCAUCGGCCAACCGGCCAUCACCUUCAGCCUCAACGGUCCCUGGGUGCUACCGUACUACAUCGAGCUCGAGUACUACUGUGCGCCCUGA